AUGGAUUUAAUUCUUGGAACAAAUUGUUACUGAAAAUCAACUUCAAGAAAGCCAAGAUAUAAGACCAUUGAACUUUAUAAAAGUGAUAAAAGAACCAAAAAUUUUUUUCAACAAAAUUUUCACCCUAAUGCUUUUUUAUUCAGAUUUUUUUUUUUCAAUCAACCUUUUCUUAUCACUAAACGAAAUCUUGAUUUCCUCAUAGCAAAGAAAUGCAUAGACGAUCUACCAAGCUUAAAAGACAUUUCUCCUUUAAAAGAAAGUUAUUUUAAUAAAAUCGAUCUCAAGUUUAUUAGCGAUUUCGUAAAAGACUCUCUCACAGAAAGCCUAAAAGAAGUGCUUUAUAGCAUAAUUUUACUAUCAAGAACAACAGAUUUAGUAAGUCUAGCAGCAAGCAAUGCAAUCACAUUUCUUAAUAAGCCAGACUUCUUAUUUACAGACAGAGACUUAAGCAGAAUAAGCAUUCCAAACGCAGACUUAUCAUAUGGAAUGCUCAUUAAUACAAAUUUUGAAUCAAGUAACCUUUCUGGUGUCAAUUUCUCUAAAUCCCAUAUAUAUGACUCAAAUUUCAGAAACUGCAAUAUGGCUGACACAAAUUUUGGAGAACAAGCCCCUAUUGCUGAAUUGGCCAGAGCUCCUGAUAAUUUAGCAUUUUCUCCUUGUUGAAAAUUUUUCGCUACUACAGACUAUGAAAAGAUAUUUCUAUACAGCUUAGAAACAUAUCAAGAAAUUGGUUCUCUAAUAGAGCAUGAGGAGUAUGUAAAAUACUUAUUAUUCUCUGACAAUGGAAAUUAUUUAGUUUCGGCCAGUUCUGACUCAAAAAUAAUUUUAUGAGAUACUUUUACUAAACUUAAAUUAGCAAGUUUUACUGGAUGCAGGAGCACUGCAAACUUUUCACCUUGCAACACUUAUAUCUGCUUAAUGCAGCCAGGUUGAAAUGGAAAAUCAUUUAUUUAUAAUAUUAAUACAGGGCAAAUAGCACUGGAAAUCUGCAAUAGCAUUGAUAUUCCACAAUUCUCAUUUUUUUCAUGUAAAAGUCUCAUUACUUUAUAUAAAAAUGGUACUCUUGUAAAAUGAGAUUUAUUGAAAAAUCAGAUGGAAAAUAGCAUAAAAAGUUCCUGCAGAUAUUCAGCUUACUAUUCAGCGUCUUUCUGCCGCAAGUAUUUAGCUAUAAAUAAUAUCGAGACUUCAAUAUUCAUAUACAAUGUGGAGAAGUUUGAGUUGAUUCAGGCAAUUUAUAUUAUGUCUUUCAAUUAUUUUGUAUUUUCUAAUUGUGGGAGAUAUUUAACUGUGAAAUUGAGGAAUAAUAAUAUUAUAGUUUAUGACAGAAAAGCCCAAAGCAAAAUUUUUGAAAUUUGCAAUAAAAAUGAUGUGAUGGCUCUUGCAUUUGCUCAAUUAAAUUAUUUGGUUUUGGGAAGGACUGACGGGACAUUGAGAGCUUGAAAAAUCGAUUUUGAUUUAGAUUUAAAUAAGAAAGCUGUUGCAAAAUAUGGAAUUACAGCAGCUUCUUUUUGCUUGAUAGCAAGUAUUUUGCUAUUUCAACUGAAAAAGGAUGGAUUUUUAUAUUUUUUCUAG